AUGGCUAACUUGCGUACUCAAAAGAGACUUGCCGCUUCUGUUGUCGGUGUUGGUAAGGGAAAGGUUUGGUUAGACCCAAACGAAACCUCUGAAAUUGCUCAAGCCAACUCCAGAAAUGCCAUCAGAAAAUUGGUCAAGAACGGCACCAUCGUCAAGAAGGCCGUUACUGUCCACUCCAAAUCCAGAACCAGAGCCCACGCUCAAUCUAAAAGAGAAGGUCGUCACAGUGGUUACGGUAAGAGAAAGGGUACCAGAGAAGCUCGUUUACCAUCCCAAGUUGUCUGGAUCAGAAGAUUACGUGUCUUGAGAAGACUAUUGGCCAAGUACCGUGAUGCUGGUAAGAUUGACAAACAUUUGUACCAUGUUCUGUACAAGGAAUCCAAGGGUAACGCUUUCAAGCACAAGAGAGCUUUGGUUGAACACAUUAUCCAAGCUAAGGCUGAUGCUCAACGUGAAAAGGCUUUGAACGAAGAAGCUGAAGCUAGAAGAUUGAAGAACAGAGCUGCUCGUGACAGAAGAGCCCAAAGAGUUGCUGAAAAGAGAGAUGCUUUGUUGAAGGAAGACGCUUAA